AUGUCCCCUAACAGCAAAUUGCUCGGGCUCUUCAGCCUCGCAGCAACUGCUCAGGCAGCGUGUUCUAACUUUUUGAUUGAUGACUUUUCGAGAUCAUCUGCUUCCGGAAUCAACAAGCUGGACUCUUGGACUAGCGACGACGGUUCCAUGGCGAAGAUCGCCAUCAGCAGCGGAGCACUCACCUUCACCCCCAAAGCCGACACCACCUCGUAUUUUUAUGAGACCCUUGGGUGUGUCAAGGCAGCCACCAAUGGCUACAAAGCCUUGUCACUGACGAUCAAUGGGCCCAAAGAUGCCUCUAUGCUUCUGGAGAUCCAGUCGAGGGCAACAUGUAGCGACGACACAUACAAGAGCCAAUGGGUUACCAUCUCUGGCCUCACUGGUUCAGCGCAGACUGUCACCAUCCCUCUGUCUUCGUUCACGGAAGCAAACUUGGACGCCAUUACCGGAUUCGUCUGGUCAACGUACUCUCAGUUCUCCUCAUAUCAAUUCGACAACUUACAGUUUGUCUGCAACGAUGUCACAAACCCGUCUGCCCAAGCGACACCGGUUCCGAGCAACCCUCUGUCGGUCUCUCAGCCUAGCCCAACCAUUUCAAGCACUCUUACUACCGUACCGGCAUCGUCCACAUCCGCAACUGUACGAGCUACGAGCAUGAAGUUGAGCACCGGCCUCUCCUCCUUCUCGACGUCGGCCAAGUCAUCAGGUACCUCUCAGAGUACUCUUGUCGGCUCCACUAGCUCGUCCGUGGCAACCUCCCUCGCCAGCAAUACAUCUUUGAUGGUGUCAAGUGUCCGCUCAUCAUCUUCAUCCAUCUCUUCGCUCGGAACGUCAACCGUAACAGGCUCCGCCACUUCUCAAUUAUCACCUGCUUCGUCGAGCUGCAGCAAUCUUUUGAUCGAUGACUGGGAGUCCCAGUCAAGGUUAACCUUCCUCUACUACAACGCCAUGCUUCAGCCAAGCAGUGAUGAUAGUACCAUGAAGAGCAUCUCUGUUAGCGGCAACAGAGUCACCCUGACACCAAACAACAAGGAUUCCUAUUUCUAUAGCAAGACUGCAUGCACAAAUGCCAAGGCUCAGAUAUAUGGCGGUAUAUCUCUGCGCAUCAAGGCCAACAAAGGAGCAACUUUCCAAGUACAGAUGGCAUCGCCGGCAACAUGUGGCGGUGACGACGCAAUCUUUGGCUUUCAAUCUACGAGCGAGCUCGGAUGGACAUUCGACGGCACCGAAAAGCUGUACAGUUUCCCCUUUUCCAAGUUCGCUUUCAUCGACCAGUCCAGAAUAUCUUCCAUCUUGUUCAGUGGACUCUCUAGUAGUGUAACUUUUGGACCCAUGACUUUCUAUUGCGGCAGCACACCAUCUGAGUAUGUCGUCAAAAUACAGCCGUCGGGUACUGCCACAGUAUCGACUGUACCCGCGCCCAGCGGCACAGUCCCGGCCAAGGUCAUUGACAACUUUGCAAACCAGAACCAAAACACCCUCGGGUUUUGGCAUGGGGGCGACGUCGACACUGCAGCUAAGUGGUCCAAGGGGAAGAUUACCAUCAAGGCACCCGAUGCCGACUACGCCUACUACACGCAGUUUGGAGACGGUUGCACGGACAUGACCAUGUAUGAUGGCUCGUACUUGCAUGUUGCCUACUCAGGAAGCAACAAGUUCACCAUCGCCAUGCAACAGCACAACACGCAAUGUAGCGACACCGUAGCACCUUUCCCCGAGACCUGGGAUUCAUUAGAGGCGGCUCGUUAUGCCACUGGAAACGAUAUUUACAUUCCUGUCUCUCACUUCAACAUUGUGCGCAAGCGUGCUGUCGGCCUAGCCUUCAAAGGCUUCUACACCAACGAGGCAGUGACAUUGACCAAAGUCGAAAUCGUCUCAUCCGUUCCAGCCAAUAUCCUCAUUCCAAACAAAUUGCCGUCCGGUAACCUGGUUUUUGCUUGCAAGCGUCCCAACUCGAUUGCCUUUGCCAUCGAUGACGGAGAUCCAAAGUACGCCCAGGAGGUCAUGGAGGUGAUCAGAUCGGAAAACAUCAAGGUCACCUUCUUUACUGUCGGCGCUCCGUUGAGGGACCCCUCUACGAAUCUGAGUACCAUCUACCAGGAGAUGAUGAAGGAAGGCCACCAAAUGGCCCUCCAUAGCUAUACCCACCCUAGAAUGGAGGGGCUCCCCAACAACGAUGCUAUCAAGUGGGAGUAUAGCCAAGACAUCGCUGCCGUGAAGGAGCAGUUCGGCAUCACAACUAAAUACUUUAGGCCACCUUUUGGAAACGAGGGUGCCCGUAUGCGGCAGCAACUGGUUGCGGCGACACAGACCAACAGCCCCUACAUUGUCAAUUGGAACAUUGACGUCGAGGACUGGCUCUACGCCCUGUCCGACACCCCCGAGCAGCAGAAGGUGUCUUUCAAGCGCGACCUGGACAAGGGCGGCAGUCUGGUUGUCAUGCACUACUUGUAUCCCAGUACUGUGAGCUACUUGAGGGACUUUAUCAAGAUGGCCAAAGCCACGGGAAAGCAGCUCAUGCGUGUUGAUCAGUGUAUGGAGGAUCCCGAUGCGCCUCCGUUGUCGUGA